UGCAUUGCCUCCCCAAUUACAAAAACUUUCGUCAUUGAAUUUGGACACAUAGCAAUGCAUUUUCUCAGAGACUGCCACCUAUCUUUCAUUGCAUGCUGAUCCCAAAUACUAUGCAGCCACGCAUCUCUCUCUCUCUGCCCAUACCCUUCACACUCCCACUCACCCAUUCCCUCUCUCUCUGUCCCUCUCUCUCUCUCUCUCUCUCUCUCUAUGUAAAUACGGUAUAUGUGUGUGUAUUAACCUCCUAUAUAACAAGACCUAUCCUUGUUCCCUUCUCCCUCAACACAACUCUCUCAUGAUCCUCCAAUUCAUCUGAAUCAAGACCUAUUCUUUUUCUCUCCCUCUCUAUAUAUAUACGUCUCUAUUGUGUUGCAUUUGAACCAACCAUGAGCACUAUGUGUGCUGAGAAACACAGUUUCUAUCCCUCCCAACAACUCCAUCUUCUCUCCCCAAAGAAACCCACCUUCAAAGACACCAUUUUUGACAGUAAUAUUGCUAAUCUGAUUCCUCCAAGGAUGCUCCUUUCACGCAAAACCCAGAUCCAAGAAACCCCUGAAAUAUCACUCUACGAGUCCAAUCUUCGUAAAUAUCUGCCUUACAAUGAUGACAAUGAAGAAAUUGAGGAACUUGACUCCUCUGACUCUGCCGACCCUUACUCCUCUGACCAAUUUCGCAUGUUUGAGUUCAAGGUGCGUCGGUGCACGCGCAGCCGCAGCCAUGAUUGGACCGACUGCCCCUUCGCUCACCCCGGCGAGAAGGCUCGCCGGAGAGAUCCUCGUCGGUAUCAUUACUCCGGCACCGUUUGCCCUGACUUUCGGCGCGGUGGGUGUACUCGUGGUGAGAACUGUCAGUAUGCACACGGGGUGUUUGAAUGUUGGCUUCACCCAUCUCGUUAUAGAACAGAGGCUUGUAAAGACGGUAAGAAUUGCAAGCGAAAGAUUUGUUUCUUCGCUCACUCUCCAAAGCAACUCCGAAUUUCGCCUGAAAUUUCCAACACAGAGAGAAAAUUCAAGUCUCUGAAUCACAAUCUUAAUCACCGCUGUUUGUUCUGCUCUCAUAACUCGGUGAGUAAUUCACCGACCUCUACUUUAUUGGGUAUGCCACAUCUGUCACCGCCAAUGUCACCAUCGCCGCCAUUAUCCCCGGUGAAGCACAUAGGGAUUAAUGGGUUUUCGCCCUUAUCAAGGUUUGGAGGUUGUGAAUCUUGCAACCUGAGCAAGCUUUCUACUGGGGUUGUGAGCUAUAAAGAGAUGCUCACUGAGCUGAUGAACUCAAUGGAGGCUAUGAAAUUUAGUGAAUCUGUGUCUUCUCCUUGCUCUUCUACGACUCCAAACAAUAAUAACAGGAAUGUUAAUGUUCCUUGGCUUGAUGUUUCUUUCAAUGUUGAAGAUCAUCAGCAGCAGCAUUUCACUCUUUCUCCUUCCACACCAAGUCCUUCCGGAUCUGGUAAUCUUUUCCGUGAAGAUUAUUCAAGCAAGAUUACUGUCACUGCAGCAGAUCUUGACAAAAUGAAUGAUAACAGUACUGAAUUUGGUGGUCCAGCUGAUCCUGAUCUUGGAUGGGUCAACGAGCUAUUGAUGUAGUAGAUGAAAGGAGGGAAUUGGAAGGUGUAUAUAUAUAAGAUAUGAUCUCCCUGCUGCACCAACCCUAUAUAUAUUUCAGUCGGUCUAUAUAUAGAAGUGAUUUGGUGUAUAUUAAUUAUUAAUGCCAUUGUUCUUUCUCGAGUUUAUGUUGCUAUCUUAAAUUUAGUUUUUUUUGUAGGUUGUUAAUUGAGGUGUCUAAUUCUGUAUGUGAUGGUGUAUUGAAUUGAACUUCAAUGUGUUCAUUUGAUAAGCUCUCUCCCUGUAUUUCUGCAUGUAAUUGCUAUAAUUUUGUGGGUUUCAGAAAAUAUUUUCUGGGUUUUCUUUUUCUUGUCUUGAAGUUGAAGAUCUCGAAUUGUUUGUUA